CUGUGGUUGUUUAGGAGCUAGGGGUGGGGGAAUUUACUAAAAGGGGGCACGAAAAAACUUUUGGUUGAGAGAAUCUUGAUUGUGGUCAUGCAUGCGCUUGUUAGAAUCCACAGAACUGUACACUUUAUAAAGAAAGGUGAAUUUUCCUGAAUGUAAAUUAUAGCUCCAUAAACCUGACUGUAAAAGGUAGAUUAAGAAAAGGUGAUCUCACUCCACAAAGGGACAAAAAUCAAUAUAUAUAUAUGUGUUCGUUUAGGUCGAAUGCGAGAUUAAUAAAAUGAAAAUCAUAGUGGAGUAAUAAAGGAAGAUACUAAUUCAUAGUAACAGCCGCUUCUUGGCUGGAAGGACCAAACACAGCCAAGAUGACACUGAGCCCAGCAGGGCCAGAGCACUACGUACAGACAGGUGACAGGACUGCGCCGAGGCGGCGGUGGGGUCCCGGCGGGGCGGGGCGGGCCAGCUCGGCGGCGGGGAUCAGGCCUGCCUGCCCCGGGGCGGGGCCUCGGGAGCACCGGGCUGGCUGCGGCGGGGGACCCGAGUCCUAGAGUCCGGAGACCGAGGAGGAGACAUGGCCACCCAGCGCGAGGCUGAGAUCCGGAAGGAUGUACAGGUGACAGCAGCAGGGCCUAGAGUGGCCGAGACCUACUACGGGCAGGUGCUGAGGAAAUCAGCGGACCUCCAGACCAAUGCCUGUGUCACUGCAGCCGGGCCGAUCCCCAGGCACAUCCGGGAAGCUCUGCAAAAUGUACACGAGGAAGUAUCCUUGAGGUAUUAUGGCUGUGGUCUGGUCAUCCCUGAGUGUCUGGAAAACUGCUGGAUUUUGGACCUGGGUAGUGGAAGUGGCCGAGAUUGCUAUGCACUUAGUCAGCUGGUUGGUGAAAAGGGACAUGUCACUGGAAUAGACAUGACAGAAGGUCAGGUAGAAGUGGCUAAGAAGUACAUGGACUAUCACAUGGAAAAAUACGGCUUCCGGGCACCCAAUGUGACUUUCAUUUAUGGCUACAUAGAGAAAUUGGGAGAGGCUGGAAUCAAGAAUGAGAGUUAUGAUAUUGUUAUAUCAAACUGUGUCAUUAACCUAGUACCUGACAAACAACGAGUGCUGCAGGAGGUGUAUCGAGUACUAAAGCACGGAGGAGAGCUGUAUUUCAGUGACGUCUAUGCUAGCCUUGAAUUGCCAGAGGAAAUCAGGACACACAAAAUAUUAUGGGGUGAGUGCCUGGGUGGCGCUUUGUACUGGAAGGACCUUGCUAUCCUUGCCCAAAACGUUGGCUUCUGCCCUCCACGUUUGGUCACUGCCAGUCUCAUUACAAUUCAAAAUAAGGAACUAGAAAGUGUGAUCGGUGACUGUCGUUUUGUUUCUGCAACAUUUCGCCUCUUCAAGCUCCCUAUGACAGGACCAACUGAAAAAUGCCAAGUUACUUACAAUGGAGGAAUCACAGGACAUGAAAAAGAACUGAUAUUUGAUGCGAAUUUCACAUUUAAGAAAGGUGAAACUGUUGAAGUAGAUGAAGAAACAGCAGCUAUCUUGAAGAAUUCACGAUUUGCCCAAGAUUUUCUGAUCAGACCAAUUGGAGAGAAGUUGCCAACACGUGGAGGCUGCACUGCUUUACAAGCAAAGGAUAUAAUCACAGAUCCAUUCCAGCUUGCAGAGGAGUCUGACCAUAUGAAGUCCAGGUGUCCCCCUGAUGCUGCUGGCGGCUGCUGUGACACAAAGAAAUGCUGCAAAAACUACAACUGACUUCUACAAGUGAAGACACUGAGCAGGAGGCUAAGAAAUGUGUCACUAUGUCUUAUCCUGCUCUUCCACAUGGCACAUACUUACAAGCAAGAAUAAACGGCAAAACAUCCACUGUAUUCUAUAUUACUGAUAAAAAUAAAUGAAUUAUGUUUACAAAGUACUAAUUAAAGGUUCACAGCAAAUCACCUAAA